CGGCUCUGCCGGAACUUCCGGUUUCUUCUUGAGCGGCGCUGCAGCUUCGCGCAAGGCCCGGAGCGGAGGUGGCUGGAGACUGUUUCUGAUUCUACAGAUUUUUACCAACAAAAAGAACAUUCUGCUUGUCAGUGACGGACAAAAUGUGGGGAAACCCUCGACCUGCCAACAGAAUGGGUCCUUUCCGUGGGAGCCAAGAAGAAAGAUUUGCUCCCGGGUGGAACAGGGAUUACUCUCCUCCUCCCCUUGAUAGUCUUGUUCAAGAAAGACACUCUGGCAACUUCUCUGGCAGAGAUUCACUUCCUUUUGAUAUCCAGGGACUCCCAGGCAUCCUCAAUCCUCAGUUUGCCAACAGAGAGGAACCUGCUUUCAGCUUUGGAGGUAGAGAUGGACCACGUAGCGACUUUAGAGGUGGGGAGGGGCAUUUGCGUGAUUUUGGAGGAAGAGACUACCCACCUUCCGACUUCCAGGGUAGAGAUGAUUCACAUUUGGACUUCAGGGCUAGGGUGCCACUCCUUCCAGACUUUAGAGGUAGGGAGAUGCAUCCGGGAGAUUUUCAGGAAAGGGAAGGACAGCCUAUGGAUUACAGUGGAGGACACAUGACUCACAUGGAUUUCAGGAGCAGGGAUGCAUUUCGCAUGAACUAUAGGGAUAGAGAAGCUCAUGCUAUGAACUAUAGGGGCAGAGAUGAUGCUUCAGCAGAUUUUCGUGGAAGGGGAGCAUUUGACUUAGAUUUCCGAAACAGAGAUGGGUCUCAUCCACAUUUUAGGACGAGAGAAGUGCCAGAACAGGAAUAUAGGGGCAGAGAACAGCCAUAUCCAGAUUUUAGGAAAAGAGAUAUGCCUGAUGUAGACUUAAGGGGUAUGGGUGCAACUGACUUAGACUUCAGAGACAGAGAUGUAUUGCAUCCUAAUUUCAGGAACAGGCCCAAAUCCCAAGCUGACCAAGAUUUUAGGGGUAGGGAUGUGCCACCAUCUUUGGAUUUUACAGAUAGGGAGGUGCCCCCAGUGGACCAAAAUGUUGUCGACAUCCAGCCCAAUCAAUCUACAGCAUCUCUACCAGAUAGAGAAUGCAAGACAGAAGAGGUUAUUAGAGAGAAAUGUUCCUUGGGUAAUCAGAAUGAGGAGUUUCCACACUCAGAGCCAAGAGCCAGAGAAGAGGAAUCUCAAGGACCGAACAUUGAAGCCAAAUCUUCGGUAGAGUUCCAGAACAGUUGUGGUCCUCUUCCCUCACUUCAGGACCAAGAAAAGCCUCCUCCAGCCUUUGUUAGCAAUCAGGAGCUCUCUGUAGGUGAACAGCAAGUGUCUGAAUCAUCGGGGAUUGGACUGAAAGAAAAAAGUGACCUGGAUUUCCUUGGAAGACAAGAUACAGACUACAGAGGCAUUGAGUAUCGAGAUGUAGAUCAUAGACUUCCAGGAGGCCAAGUCUUUGAUUAUGAUCAUGGCAGGCCAUUUGCAGAAGGAAAGUCUUCUAAGGAUUCUCAGCCAGAUCUUCAGGAUCAGGACUACAGGACCUGCCUAAAAGAUGCAAAACCAAGCAAGCUAAUUCGGCUAGGAAGAGUGCCUGAAACUGCCACAAAAGAUGAUAUUCUUAAUGCCUUCCAAGCAAGUGCGGGUGUACCUUUGAAGAACAUGCGCCUGAAAGAUUAUACUACAGGUUACAACUAUGGCUAUAUCUGCGUGGAGUUUUCCCUCUUGGAAGAGGCCAUCGCCUGCAUGGAAGCCAACCAGGGAACCCUUGUAAUUGGUGGUAAAGAAGUGACCCUGGAAUAUACCCAGUCCCCUGAAUUUUGGCACUGCAAGCGUUGUAAAGUGUCCACUAUAUCGUACUGUUUAUCCUGUAAUUUCUGCAGACUCCCAAGAAAUGUAACAGAGGGGAAAAAUGAAAAAGAGGAAGAAGAGUUACCUGAACAACCAGUACCUGAGGAACAGCCUGCUGAAGAGCCUCUUCCUCCACAAGAACUGGUUUCUGAAAAGCCUCCUGAACAGCAGUGCCAGACUCAGGAGGUUGAACUCAAGAAAAAGGAUGAAAGCAAGGAACAGUGGCCAUCACGGGAGAAGAAAAGAAAUUCUGAGACAUACUCACCACGAAAAGAAAACCAAGAACGUGGUUCAAGAAAAUCCAUGGACAACAAACACCAAGAGGAUGAGAGUAAAACACUUAUGUUGAAACGCAUCCCUCACUUCACUCCACCAGAAGUGAUUGUAGGACUUCUGGCCCCAUAUGUCCGUCUCUCUACUUCAAAUGUACGUGUGGUGAAGAACAAAGCUGGACGGAUGGGCUACACCUAUGGCUUCAUUGAACUGGACUCUCAUGCUGAAGCAGUCCGAUUAGUGAAGGUUUUACAAGACUUGGAUCCCCCGAUUAGCUUUGAUGGACGUGUUGUGGAUAUAAACCUAGCCACAGGAAAGAGAAGAAAUGAAUAUGGCGAUCAGGGUGAUUUCCCCCGCUUUGGCCAGAGUAAACGGGAUAGGAGUGAAAGGAGAAGCUCUGGUUCACAGAAACGAAGAUCAGAAUCCUCUUCUUCGGAUGUGUCCACAUUCAUUUAUGACCCGGAUACUGGAAACUAUUUUGACCCAAUAACAGGAGUAUAUUAUGAUCCCAAUACGCAGAGGGAAGUGCCAAUGGGUAGAGAAGAAUCUACAUCACCGCCACCUAGUGGAAGGAGGCAUAGGAGUCGGGAAAGGUCAAGUGAAAAAGAGGAGACAUGCAGUAAAGAUAAAAGAGACAGAAGAGACAGACACAGAAGCAGACCAGCAAAGAAUGAAUUUGAAGAAGAGAAGGUUCCUGCUGAAGAUGUCUUUAAAAAGCCACUACCUCCAGUGCUGAAGAAAGAAGAGAGUACACCCCCGCCGAAAGUGGUGAAUCCUCUGAUAGGACUCCUAGGGGAAUAUGGUGGUGACAGUGAGAAUGAGGAGGAGGAGGAAGAAGAAGAGCCACAGCCUCUGCCUCCGCGGCCAGCAGUACAAGUAGAGGAAAGGCCUCAGAAGGCUGAAAAAGAGGAAGAUAAGUUGACCGACUGGAAUAAGCUGGCCUGCUUACUUUGCCGGAGGCAGUUUCCAAAUAAAGAAGUACUGAUCAAGCAUCAACAACUUUCCAACCUUCACAAACAAAACCUAGAAAUUCAUCAAAAGAUAAAGCGAUCAGAGCAAGAGCUGGCAUAUUUGGAACGGCGAGAGCGAGAGGGAAAGUUUAAAGAAAAAGCAAGUAGCCGAAGAGAGAGAUUUGAGGAACGGGAGUCCCCAGAGAGAAAACGGCCAAGAAACUUCAGGAAUUCUGAAAGUGAUUAUAAGCCCACAGAUAAAGGAAGGACAGACAGCAGUAACAAAGGAAGCCGUAUGAUGCAGGCUAUGGGCUGGAAGGAAGGCUCAGGUCUAGGACGCAAUGAGCAGGGCAUGACAUCACCAGUGGAGCCAGAAAGCCGGAAGAGGGGAGCUGGCUUAGGAACCCAAGGGAGACCCAGUAGAAGGCAAUCUAAUGAAACAUACAGAGAUGCUGUACGGAGAGUCAUGUUUGCCCGCUACAAGGAACUUGAAUAAAAACAUGGAAAUAAUUCCCAACACAUCCUAUACCCUUCAGCCCUCCUGUGUGUGUGUCCUUGUUUUUUUUUCCCUUUUGGAAUCAAUGUUUCUUUUUCCUGCUGAGGUGUU